UGUAGGUUUCAUUACUUCAUAAUAAUCCUUCAUGAAUAUUGUCUGUACAGAUCAUUCCAAUUGAUAAACUCAUUAAGGGACGAUUCCAAGACAACUUUGAAUUUCUCCAGUGGUUUAAGAAGUUCUUUGAUGCAAACUAUGAUGGAAGAGAAUAUGAUCCUGUGGAAGCAAGAGGUGGAAUUUCAGUUGGUAGUGGUAAGGGGAAGGACGGCAUCAGCAUUGGCCGACCCUUGGGACGAUCUGCUCCAAAACAAAAAGGUAAAACGACGUCACCAAGACAAGGAAUGUCCCCGAACAAAAUGAGUGGCUCUGGAGACCUAAACAGGGUGGAUGAUUUGUGUCAGCAGGUUUCUGAGCUCAAGUUAACAGUAGAUGGACUUGAAAGAGAGAGAGAUUUUUACUAUGGUAAACUUCGAGAUAUUGAAGUGAUUUGUCAAGAAGAGGAACAAAGCAACGAGAAGUCACCUCUUGUAGAUAAAAUCCUGGAUGUACUGUAUGCUACUGAAGAAGGCUUUGCAGUUCCUGAUGAUGCUCUGGAAGAUGGAGUUAUCAUCCCUCAGAACAAUGAAGACGAAGAAUACUGAGUACAGUUACAUGUCAGCUUUAAAAAAGGUUUUCCCAGCUCAUAGAAAUUUUCUAAACCAUCUAAUGCUGUAGUCACAGUUGCUCAUUGAGAUUUUUGAAAUACUUCCUAAUUCUAAAAUACUGACUUCCUUGCUUGUAUGAAGUUUGGGGAAAAAGUAUCUCACACUUGUUUUAUCCUGUGCUUUUAGAAAACUUUAAAAGAUAAUUUGAUUAUGUUAUCAACUUUAUUUGUAGCAGUUGUACUCCGUUCUGCGUGUACCAGCUGUAUUUGGAACAAACCAUUUUAUUUAUUUUUUCUAUUUAACAUUGAAUCAUAGAAAUACAUGGAAUGGAUUGUCCCAUCUUUCACUUACAGAAGUAUUUCCAACAAACGAUUUUAUUCUGAACAUAAAUUUUUGUAACCUGUUUGGUAUUUGCUGCAUGUUAGUCAUAAUUAUCAGUAACUAUCGGAAACAAGCUUUUCUUUCUACAUGUUUUAGUGGAAACAAAAUAUUAAUGUGUCCAAGUAACAAGCAACAUUAGCAUCCUGUAUUACUCAAAAUGGUUCUGCUCAGUCUAAUGACACAUCGCUUAUCAGAGCGGCUUGAUAUAGGUUCUGGAUCCAGACCUUCAAUCAGAGCUGCUAAAUAUAGGUUUUGUUUCCAGACCUUAAAUCACAACAGCUAAAUAUAGGUUCUGGUUCAAGACCAUCAAUCAUAGAAGCUUGAUACAGGUUCUGGUUACAGACCUUCAAUCAAAGCAGCUAAAUAUAUGUUCCGGUUCUAGAUCUAUGGUAGCAGUUUGAUAUACAUUCUGGCUUCAGACCUUUGAUCAUAGCAGCAUAAUAUAUUUAUUUAUUAUAUUACUUUAAUCCCAGCAGUUUAGUAAAUAUACUUGUUUGAGACCAAAGUUCAUAACAGUUGAAAAUAGAUGAUUGGUUUCAGACCAGUUCUCUGUGCAUGUGGCAUGUGUUUGAUAUACAGCUGCGUAUAGAUGUAGAGCUUGUUUCAUGUUAUGAUGUUGUUUGCAUGUUGUAGAACCCUGUGUAACAUGUAGAAUCAAACUGAUCAUGUAAAGUCACUUGUAUAAUGUAGAAUCACGUGGUAUACAUUGCUCAUGUUAAGAACUGAAAAUAUUAUAAACUGUCUAGGGCUGUGUAUGUAAUGAAACAUUUUUUAUGAUGUGUGGCUGUACAGGGUUGAUUCUCUGCAUGUAUGAUGUAGAGCCAUUGUACAUGUCAGGUAGAGCUCUGUGGUUAAAAUGUUGCAAAUGACGUAUAACAAUGCAUGUGAUAUACAGCUGUGUCUGAAGUAUAAUGUAUAACAAUGCAUGUGAUAUACAGCUCUUUGUCUGAAGUAUGAUGUAUAACAAUGCAUGUGAUGUACAGCUCUUUGUCUGAAGUAUGAUGUAUAACAAUGCAUGUGAUAUACAGCUCUUUGUCUGAAGUAUGAUGUAUAACAAUGCAUGUGAUAUACAGCUGUGUCUGAAGUAUGAUGUAUAACAAUGCAUGUGAUAUACAGCUGUGUCUGAAGUAUGAUGUAUAACAAUGCAUGUGAUAUACAGCUGUGUUUGAAGUAUGUUGUAUAACAAUGCCUAUACUAUAAAGGUCUGAAGUAUGAUGUAUAACAAUGCAUGUGAUAUACAGCUGUGUCUGAAGUACGAUGUAUAACAAUGCAUGUGAUAUACAGCUGUGUUUGAAGUAUGUUGUAUAACAAUGCCUAUACUAUAAAGGUCUGAAGUAUGAUGUAUAACAAUGCAUGUGAUAUACAGCUGUGUCUGAAGUACGAUGUAUAACAAUGCAUGUGAUAUACAGCUUUGUGUCUGAAGUAUGAUGUAUAACAAUGCCUGUGAUAUAAAGGUCUGUGUCUGAAGUAUGUUGUAUAACAUUGUCUGUGAUAUACAGCUCUGUGUCUGAAGUAUGUUGUAUAACAUUGUCUGUGAUAUACAGCUCUGUGUCUGAAGUAUGGUUUAUAACAAUGCCUGUGAUAUAAAGGUUUGUGUCUAAAGUAUGAUGAAUAACAAUUCACAUGAAAAAUAUGAUUUGGAGUUAAUUUCUUAUGUGAACAGCUGUACAAGAGAGGUAUGGGCAUGAUGUAGUGUUUCUGAAAGUGUAGAGCCACACACAUGAAGUAGUAUAUCAUGUGAAGCUAUUGCUAUUAUGAUGUACCACAUGUGAAGUUAUGACAAAAUGGACAUGCUCAUUACUUUAGUGUUUAGUAAGACAGUAUCUUAGCUGGCUGGUGUCACUCCUUAUAGUUAGGUACCAACUCUCACAUGUUGAGCAUGCAAUUUGUGUGUCUGGGCCUAUUAUCAUGUUCAUACAUAUUAAUAAAAAAAUACAUCAUGUUUUGGUUAAAUUGGGAGAUUUCUGUGAUGCAUUAUGGUUCUUUGACCAGUUGGAUCUAGGUCAAAUUCAGUAAAUUCACCAAAUAGCAUGACUUGGUUUUAUUGAAUAAAGUAUUUUGUGGGGGUAUGUCAUCAGAUCCUUCCCCCAGAAGACACUCACAGCACUUUACCACAUACUAAAACUUUACUUUUUCAAAAACACCUCUUUCAAACAAAUUUCUAAGAGUGAUAGCAUUGACACUGAUGAUAGCAUUUACUCUGCAGUAUACAGUGUUUAUAGGUUCUCUUAAAUUUGAGACUGCUGUAAACCUUGAAAGAGUUUUGUCUUUUUUAGUGGAAAUCUUGAUAUGAGAUGUAAGUUACAAUAAUACGUGUGUUAAAUUUAAACUCUUACUUAAUAAUGUUUGUUUGUAUUAAGUUAAUAUGUUGUUAUAUAGAGAAAGUAUUUCUGGUUUAGGAAAAUGUUUAAUUUAUGAACAUUAUCAUGUUAAGUUAGGCCUACAGAUUAGUCCUGUCGUAGAAUCGUAUGAGUGUUUGAUUAAUUAUUGUGUAAAGUUGGGCUUACACAUUAUUCCUGUUGUAGAACGCUGUGAUAGUUUGAUUAAUUAUUAUGUUAAGUUAGGCCUACAAAUUAUUCCUGUUGUAGGAUACUAUGAUUGUUUGAUUAAUUAUCAUGUUAAGUUAGGCCUACAGAUUAUUCCUGUUGUAGAAUCCUAUGAUUGUUUGAUUAAUUAUCAUGUUAAGUUAGGCCUACAGAUUAGUCCUGUUGUAGAAUCCUAUGAUCGUUUGAUUAAUUAUUGUGUUAAGUUGGGCCUACAGAUUAUUCCUGUUGUAGAACCCUGUGAUAGUUUAAUUAAUUAUUAUGUUAGGUUAGGCCUACAGAUUAGUCCUGUUGUAGAAUCCUGUGAUUGUUUGAUUAAUUAUCAUGUUAAGUUGGGCCUACAGAUUAUUCCUGUUGUAGAACCCUGUGAUAGUUUAAUUAAUUAUUAUGUUAGGUUAGGCCUAAAGAUUAGUCCUGUUGUAGAAUCCUGUGAUUGUUUGAUUAAUUAUCAUGUUAAGUUAGGCCUACAGAUUAUUCCUGUUUUAGGAUACUGUAAUUGUUUGAUUAAUUAUCAUGUUAAGUUAGGCCUGCAGAUUAGUCCUGUUGUAUAAUUCUGUGAUUCUUUGAUUAAUUAUGAAAAUAAAGUGGGACCUACACAUUAUUCCUGUUGUAGAAUCCUGUGAUUCAUGAAUUUUAAGUUAUACCCAAGAAUUAUUUCUACUUUAGGAACAUAAGUUUAACUGAUGAAUAUUUAAAUUUUGACUUGUAGAUCUUCUGAUUAUUGACUGCUAUCUUAAGGUAAAAAAACAUGUAACGUUUGACAUUUAGAUUGAACUUAGACAAAAAAUAUACUGGUGAAUGAACCUAGACAGGUGAUGUGGAACAACAGUGAAUAGUUAUAUAUUGUGCUUCAAUCAUGUGUGAAUGCAAAAUGCUGAUAAACAAACUCGUUUCCUUAUUUUGUGUAUUAUGAUAAGGUAAUAUUUCAUACUUACAACAAGUGACUUAAUUGAGUAAGGCUGUUUUUACAGCUAAAAAUGAAUUUUAUAAUGCAAGUUAGCAUUGCUUUAGAACUGACAACUGCAAAACAUAAAAAGAUGGUUCAAAUAUAUAGAUAUGUUAAUGCUACCUGGUGUGUUUUUUUAACUCCUAAACAUCUAGAACCUUUACUUUGUCCUAGUUUGGAUUAAUAAAGGUAUGUACUUUUUAUACUAAAUCAAAAUUGAUCAUUUGAUAUUUAAUAUCAUUUUGAACUGCUGAGAGUCUAGAACAUAGCUUUAUAAGGACUUUGAAGUGCUGAAUUAUUGACUUGUCUGAAGCAAACCUAAUCACUUAAACAUUUUAAUAUUCUUCAUCGUUUUGAUAAUGUUACUUUUAUCCUUUUGAACUUUUUGAUGGCUAGAGCAUUGCUUGCUGACAAAUGUGAAGGGAAUUAGCUUAAAGCAAAGCUAAACACAUGGGUCUGUUCACAUACUGCUGAAUGUCAAUAAUUAUGUAUACUUUACAAAAGGGAUAUUUUUCUAAAAGUGGCUGCUUUUUAAUAGGGAACUGUUUAUCAUAAGAUAUUUGUUUAAUAAAAAAAAGCAAGUUAUGAACAUUUAACAUGAAUAGCUUAAAUUUAAAUGUUAUAUACAGUGAAGAAGUGUAAAAAAUAAUUAUUUGAAAUAGCAUUGCUUCAUCAUCCCUUGGAACUGAAGAAGACUCAAUGUGGUUGUAUAUUUGAGUUAUCUUGAACAUUUGAUAACUGUUCAUAUGAGAUUUAAAUUACGUUCUUAUAACACAACAGUAUAUUUUAUUUGUUUAAUUCUAAGUGUAAAUAUUCAAAUGAUUUCACAUAGGUAGAUAUUUGUUUUCACCUGCAGUAAAGGUAUUGAAUUAUUUUGUUACAUUUGAAGUUAUGCUAAUUGUUAUUAAAUACUCACUAAUAGCUGAAAUUAUUUAUCACCUUUUGGGUCAUCUGGAAGCUAAUGAACUGGUUUAGUGAUGAGAAAGUAAGCUGUUGAGUUUCAAGUAAAUCAGCAAGUAUUUGAGAGGUAAAUAUGGUGAUUACCAUGUGUGCCAUGUUAUAUACAAGGUUGUAAUUUUACAGUUGGAAGAUACUGUAGGUUAGCAGAUUUUCUCUGCCUUUGUCUUUCUUUUUUACAAGAUGUGUUUUAAUUAGUUUGU